AUGUUAAGUUAGAUUUCUGCUUUGCUUUAUGUGUACUAUAAGGAUUAGAAAAGUGAAUAUAAUUAAGAAAGAUUUAUUCAUUAUUGUGCAGUAAUAGGAUUUGUAAAUUUUUUGGGAUUCUUUUUAAAUGUUUUUGAAUAAAAUCCAAAAACAAAAAAGAAUUCAUUAAAAAUGAUUGUAGAAUUAAUUUGUUCUUUAUUGGGAUUGAUAUCUAUAUUGGCUUACUUUAUAAUAUAUUUUAUGGAAUUUACAAUGGCUAGCAUUCAAAUGCUAAUUGGAUUGAUAUUAAUUUGGUUAAUAGAAUGUUCACUUUAUUAUAUAUUAAGUGAUAAAGGAUUAUAAAGCAUGCUUAGUUUAUUUAUAACAACAAAUGUGUUAUUAAUAAAUGGUGAUAUAGCUAUAAAAGGAAGUGGAUAAUUUAGUGUAAAUAAUAAUUUUAUAGAUUAGAAUUUAUUUGAUUACAGUUCAAUAAAUUUGAUAGUGUUGUGUGCUCAAUUUUCAUGGGCAGGAGUGCCCACAAUUAAGAAAACUAAUAGUCUUUUUUAUAUAAUUUCAAGAUAAGACUGUUUUAGAUUAAUGGUAUAUUUUUUAUUAUUUAAUCUUUUGAAUAAUACAAUUAAAGCAGUAAUAGAAGAUAUAUAUGCAAUUGUACCAACUUUGGUUACAUUGAUACCAUAUAUUUGGGCUACAACAAAAUUUAGUCAAAGAAGAUACAAACAAGCAUUUGGAUUAUUUUUAUUCAGUCUUUUAAUUUAUUUUCCAACCGAUAUCUAUUUAAAAUAAUAAUAGUAGCUAAAAUAAUCAGAUUAAAUAAUCUAACUAUGA